AACAUACCUCAUCAGUUAUCGACAAUAUUGAAGUAGUAUCUCCACCCGAUCAAAGGACAGGAAGGAAUAUGAAACAUAUCAGCAAAACCCUGGUAAAGCAGUUUGCAGAAGAACUGGGGAUGAUAGUACAUGACGCUCCUCAAAAGUCACUUGACGGUUGGAAGCCCCCAUCUUUGUUUGAUCUUGGAAUAGUUGUGUCAUUUGGGUAUUUUAUCCCGGCAAGUGUAUUAAAGACGUUUAGCAAAGGUGCCAUAAAUGUUCAUCCUUCUCUUCUACCAAUGUAUAGGGGUGCGUCGCCAAUACAAUAUUCUAUACUAAACGGAGACAUUGAGACUGGGAUUACUAUUCAGGAACUGCAUCAUGAAGUGUUUGAUGCAGGCCGAAUAUUGAGACAGAUAAAAAUGUCCAUUCCACCCAGGUCAACCUAUAAAUCGCUUGAAUCGGUACUUGCCGAACAAGGAGCAGAGCUAUUAAUAGAUACAAUCAAAGAUUUGGACAUGAUUCGUUCUAAAGUAAGAGAACAAGACUCUGAAAAAGUCACGUAUGCUCGUAAGAUCCAGAAAGAGAUGUCUUAUAUCAAUUGGUUCGAUCAGACAGCAGAAGAGAUCGAGAGGUUGCAUCGAGCAAUUUCACAUCAGUAUACACUCCGUACAACAUUUCUUGAUAGACAAAUCCAACUUACUUCUGUCUCUCUCCCACCUUCCGAUUCUCUCCCAUUAACACAAUCACCCUUAUUUCCAGGUACAUUGUUUUAUGACAAGCACUCCAAAAAUCUUCUCAUUGCUUGCAAGGAUAACUCGUUUAUAUCUUGCGAUAGAGUGAAAAUGGAACUCAAAAAGGAUAUUGAUGUUAAAGAUUGGGUUAAUGGUUAUGAUAUUGUUAGUGGAGAGACAAGGUUUGGCACUUGA